UUAAACCCGAACAUGGCAAAGAAUUUCAACUGUGAAGCUAUUCUACGAAAUGAUGAGGAGCUGAGGAUUGUGAUGGUGGGGAAGACUGGAAUUGGGAAGAGUGCCACAGGAAACACCAUUCUUGGGCGCAACUGCUUUGAAUCAAAGUUCAGCGCCACGUCUAUGACUGAUGAGUGCUCUAAGGGCAAUGCUGAAGUGGAUGGACAAAAGGUUGCUGUUAUUGACACCCCAGGUCUCUUUGACACCAGGUGGGCCCAGGAUAAAACACAUGAAGACAUAGGCCAGUGCAUUUCCUUUUCUUCUCCUGGACCACAUGUCUUCCUGGUUGUCGUCAUGCUGGGCAGAGUCACAGAAGAGGAAAAGCAGACGGUGCAGAAGAUCAGAGAAAUGUUUGGCCAGGAUGCAGACAAAUACAGCAUGGUUCUCUUUACUCAUGGUGACCUUCUUAAAAACACCACUAUUGAGGAGUUUUUGAAGGGCAGCCGGGACCUGCAGGAACUUGUGGCCAGGUGCAAUGGUCAGUACCAUGUCUUUAAUAAUGAUCUGGAGAAUCACUCGCAGGUCACCGAGCUGCUUAAGAAGAUCAGAACCAUAGUCCAGAAGAACGGAGGAAGCCACUACACCAAUGAAAUGUUCCAAAAGGCAGAAAGGGCAAUCGAAGAGGAGAAACAACGCAUCCUGAAAGACAACGAGGAGCAAAUGCGCAAAGAGAAAGAAGAACUGGAGAUGAAUCUACGAGCUGAAUAUGAAGAAAAAAUUAAAAGACUUACCGAGAAAUUCCAGGCUGAAAUUGAGGAAGAGAGAAGAGAGAGAAAAGGGGUACAACAUGAUAUUAUUUACUUGAAGAGAGAAAGGGAGAGGCAUACUAUUGAAAUGAAGGAGAUGGAGAUGGCAAGGUACAGGGACAGGACAAAAAUGGAGCAGAUUUUGAAGAGGGAUAGGACCAGUUCGAUGGAGAAGUUACAGAUAGAUUUGGAAAAGACAAAGCUGGAUAAAAAGGAGUGGGAAAAGGAAACAGAAUCAGGCCCCCACCGUCGACUUCAAGGCAGCGCUGCUACCGCCAACUUCAAGGCACCUAAUCCUAACCUUAACCCUAACACUAACCCUUUCCUAACCCAAGUGCCUUCCAUGCAGCGCUGCCAGGAAGACGACCGCUGCCUGGAAGACAACGUUGGGGGCUUAAAACAACUAACACCGAGGAAAGAGUGGGAGACAAGGGAUAAGGAAAGGAAGGAGAUGGAAAUGAGAAAAGAGGAGGAGAAGACGGAGAUGAAGAAGACAAAAGAGGAGAAGCAGCGGAAGAUGAUUCAACAAUUAAAGGCAGAGCAUGAAAGAGUUCUGAAAGAGCAGACAAACCAGUUGGAGAAAAAGCAUGACAAAAAGGCCAGAGAGAAAGCAGAAAAGAAAGACAAGUGUACAAUAUCCUAA